AUGGGGCUGUUCUACAGUAAAAGUCUGACAGAACCCUCUCCAUGCAACUUGCUCACUGUAAAAGUCAUACGGAUGAAAAAUGCCAGGAAAGCAGAUUUGUUAAGCCAGUCGGACUGCUAUGUGAGCCUAAGCCUGCCGACAGCUUCAGUGCAGCAUUUCCGCACCAAAACUGUCCAGAACAGCAAGAACCCAACGUGGAAUGAAACCUUCCACUUCACAAUUCAAAGCCAGGUUAAGAACAUUCUGGAGCUGAAAGUUUGCGAUGAGGACAAUGUAACGCAAGAUGACCAUCUCCUCACUGUAUUCUUUGACGUCUCCAAAAUCCAGCUUGGAGAAAACAUUCAGCUGUCUUUCCAGCUGAAUCCAAAGGGGGAAGAGGAGCUGGAGGUUGAAUUCACAAUGGAGAGCAGUCCGGACCCUCCUGAAAACAUUAUUACUAAUGGAGUUUUAGUGCCCAAUGCCAUCUCCCUAGACUUGGUGGGGAGGUUACAGGCUGCUACCAUCUCUCCCCAGGUUUCCUGCCUGGACGUGCAGGUGAAUGGUGGGAGGCUGAGGAAGGACAGUACUGAGAGAAAGUUUGCACUAACUGUGGACGGGUCGUAUGAAGGAACCCGGACCCACACGCUGAGCUCCUGCCUCUGCCCAACCUCCCCAGCCAGGUUCCACUACAUCAAAUAUAAUCAGUUGGCACUCACUGUGGCUCUACCGCGGCGGAGGAGGCUCAGCAGGUCUAUAUCAAGUCAAAAUGAAAGAGAUAUGAAUGAGUCUGUGACUCUACCUCUGAACUCACUUCCAAUACAAGAGAAAAUAACAAUAACAGAGGACAGGACAAUUGACUUGUACACAAAGGCAAGUGAAUGGACUCAGGGUCUGUGUUUCAGGCCCAGAAACCUAGAUGCCCGCCUGGGGUUUGACCUGUGCACGGACGAACAGAAUUUCCUGCAAAACCGGAGGAAGGUGGUUGCUGCUGCGCUGAAGAAUGUUCUUCAUCUGGAGGAAGAUCUGCAAGAGCAUGAGGUGCCAAUAGUCGCUGUGACCACAGCAGGGUGUGGGAUAAGAGCACUCACUGCCAUGUACGGCAGCAUGUUGGGUCUUCAAAAGUUGCGUGUUCUUGAUUGCAUUUCAUACAUCAGUGGCUCAUCUGGCACAACAUGGACCAUGACAAAACUGUAUGAAGAUGCUGACUGGUCACGUAAGGAUCUUGGAGAAGUAAUUAUUGAAGCUCGGAAGCAAGCAGCCAAGUGCAAGAUGGGCGCUUUUUGCUUGAGAAGUCUGAGGAAUUAUUAUAGAGAGCUGAGCCAAAGGACCCAAGCAGGACAUAAAACAUCUUUUAUUGACCUGUGGGGGCUCAUGAUUGAAUCCAUGUUAAAUGAUGGGAAAUGCCACCACAGACUUUCUGAUCAACGUCGGGCAGUGAAUCAGGGUCAGAACCCACUGCCCAUCUACCUUGCCCUCAAUGUCAAGGACAAAGUUACCACCAAAGAUUUUAGAGAGUGGGUGGAGUUCACACCCUACGAGGUGGGCUUCCUGAAGUACGGCGCCUUCAUUCGUGCAGAAGAUUUUGGCAGUGAGUUCUUCAUGGGUCGCCUGAUGAAGAAGCUCCCUGAGUCCCGGAUCUGCUUCAUGCAAGGAAUGUGGAGUAGUAUCUUCUCCAAAAACCUCUUGGAUGCUUGGCAUGCAGCUGACAAUUCAGAGGACUUCUGGCACAGGUGGACCCAAGACAAAGUGACUGAAAUAGAGGAACAACCGGACUUGCCUGAAAAGCCAUACGAGAUGGCUACAUCCAUGUUCACUCCUACGAGCGGUCUCUCCACGGCUCUCCGGGAUAUUCUGACGGACCGCCCUGCCGUCUCCAAGUACCACAACUUCCUGAGGGGCUUCCAGAUGCACAACGAGUACAUCCAGCAGGAACAUUUCACAAAAUGGAAAGACACUUUGCUAGACAACUCUCCUAAUGACCUGAGAAGCAACUCAGAGCACCUGGAGUUGGUGGAUGCAGCUUUCUUCUUUGAAACCAGCUGCCCACCCCUUAUGAGACCAGAGCGGAAAGUGGAUGUCAUCAUACAUUUAAAUUACACUGGUGGAUCACAGACCUUGCCCCUGGAGCAGGCUUGCAGAUACUUCUCAGAGCAAGGAAUUCCAUUUCCCAGCAUUGGGCUGAAGGACGAUGAGAAGAACUUGAAAGAGUGCUACAUGUUCGAUGGUGCAGACACCCCUGGAGCUCCUCUGCUGCUUUAUUUUCCAUUAGUGAACGACACCUUUCAAAGAUAUGUAGCACCUGGCAUGUCACGUAGUGCUGCUGAAAUGGAACAGGGCAAGGUUGAUAUCUCCAGUUUCUGUUCUCCAUACUCAACAAGGGAGGUCUCGCUGAAAGCAGAAGACUUCAACAAGCUCCUGAAGCUGACUAAUUACAACAUCAUGAACAAUGAGAACAUGAUUCUUCAGGCCUUGCGCACGGCUGUGGCACGGAAGAAACAAACUCUGAGCCAGCCAGUAUCACAAGCACAGUCCUCUGCUUGA